AUGGCUGUCGAAAUUUCGCAGGAAUCUGUCACCCUGAAUGCCGACAUCCAGGAUGGCGGAAAGGGUGCCAAUUCGGUAUCCUGUGGAGAAGUCCCAGACGACAUGGCCCAGGGAUCUGAAUGCCAUGUAUUCCAGGAUGACCUGAGCACAGAAGACGAGUUACCUUCGUCUGCCAUGCCUGGAACACCACUCGCAAGACUUGAUGCGGCAUAUGCCAGGUGUAUGCGAGUGAGUGCUGAAGAACUCGAUUUGGAACCAGCAGUGUAUAUUCGGGAAGGGAGUGAACUUAUGUCCCAAAUGAAAGAUCAGUUGGUUAUGCUACCUGAUUUGGAUGAUCUCUCUCCUGAAUGUGAUAUUGAGGCCGCUGACGUUGGAGAACCUGGUGAGAGCACAAAGGCUCAGGAAAAGCAGCCGAAGUCCAUGCUGAAAAGACACAAGAAGAUCUUCUUAGGUGACGGGAACGCUGCCCCGCCUCCGGCGAGGGGCGUCAUCUUCGUGAAUAGUUUCAUUCAAUUGUCGAACUACCCACUACCACUGAUCGACGAUCUCAUCACCGGUUUCGAAGGAAUGAUGUGGUUUAUGAGUCUUGACAUGGCGAGUGAUUUCUGGACAGUCCGAAUGACUGAGAGGGCUAAGCUGAUCUUGGCGUUUACCUGUCCAUUCGGGCAUUUCCAAUGGGUACUUAGUCUGCCUAAGAGCGAGUUCGGAAAGCGUGUCAUAUCAUACCUCUCUCAUGAGCUUGGUGCUGAAGGGAUACGUGCCACCCCGAAGAUCAUAAAAGACAUUCAGGAGGAGUUACCGUUUCCGUCUACCCUGAAAGGAGUUCAGUCAUUUCUAGGCAGCCUGAAUUACUACCACAAAUUCAUUGAGGAUUAUGCAGUGAUAGCCGCUUCACUCUAUGAGUUGACCGACGACCAAGUGCGUGCAGGACGGCACUUGUCUCGGGCGAAGGAAUCUUUCGAGAUCCUGAAGAAGAAGAUUGUGUCUACACCUCUGCUCAGACACCCGGAUCGAACGAAACCUUUUGUGAUCAUCCCCCAUGCGAAUCAGUGGGCUGCGUGCGCAGUUCUAGGACAGAUGCAUGACGGACUUGUCCAACCGGUUCGUUUCACGGGGCGUGUCCUGAGUGAUACCGAACUCAAGUAUCAUAUUGCUGAGAAAGAAGUCCUUGCUGUAAUGCGAGUGCUCCAUGUGUUCAAAAACGUGAUCGAGGGAUGUCCGCUGAUAAUAUACACUCGACAUUCAGUGUUGAUCAACUCCAAGACUGCUGAAGGCCGUCUGGUGCCAUGGGGCGUCGCUCUCUCGCAAUAUGACUUGAAAAUUCGGAAGGUCAGUCGAGAUGAGGAUGGUUUAGCUGCUAUUAUGGGCGCAGGUAUUACGUCCAGGGAGCAUUUAGAUGAAGUCGCCGAAAUACUCAUUCCAGUCAAGGGGCGCGUCAAGCCGCCUCCAGUCGUGAGUGUCGAAAUGCUCUCGGAGGAGUACUCCGGAGUAGUCCUGAGCUUCGAUGGUGCAGCCAAAAUUUCCACAAGGAAAGGCAGUUGUGGAUGUAUUCUGUGGCAGCUACCCGAAUGGAAAGUUUUGGAUGCCCGAGGAUACAUCCUGGAUGGA